UCGUUAGGCAAUUAAUUGCGAGAAAAGUGAAUAUCUGGAUUGUUUUGGUGAUGGCAAGAAAAGGGAUGCUUCUUGAUUUCGUGUUUGGUUUAGAAUCCUCUUAAAGCUCCGAUUUUUUCCUUGUCGGGUUUGCUUGUUUGACUCUGAAGCUGAGCCGAUUUUAAGGGCUGUCCUUUCUGGGGUAGUCCCUUUUCUGGAGAAGCGAAUUGAGAUAUGAACAAAGGGCGGCCACCGGAGCCUCUUGAUUUCUUCAUUUGGACUGUUGAGGAUGUUGGUUUGUGGUUGGAAGAGAUAAAUUUGGGUGGCUACCGUCAAGUUUUUAAGGAAAAUGGUGUCAACGGAGAAUAUCUUGAGAGCAUGUCUAUGUUCACGACUGAACAGAUCCUCCGCUUUAUUAGGCGGUGCCACAUGAAAUGGGGCGACUUCAUCACAUUAUGUAAAGAACUUCGUCGGAUUAAGGUGGCAUGUCUAAAAGGGGAGCAGAAGGUGCGCCGGCCAUGGUGGGCUCCUUCUUGCCUUUCAGUUUUCUUUGUCAGGGUGGCGAAACGGAAUCGGCAGUCUCGGGUUGUUUCACUUAAGCUGGAACCGUGAUGCAGGAUCAUAUGGCUACUAUAUACGUACCUUUUUUCUUUUCCCUUUUUCAGGUAAAGAUCAAACAAGUAGGGAUCAAGCUGUCAAGUUUUUUUCCAUAAGUUCUUCCUCCAAGAACUGUCCCCUAGGUAGAACCUGCUUUAUCCCUUUCCUUGCUGUCGUUCCUGUAAUUGUCUCACUCUAGUCUGUGAUAAAAAAGGAUGUAAUGUCACAUAAACAUACAGCCUCGCUUUUGAGUGAGUUGUGGAUAAAUUUGCCCUCAAAAUGGCUCUCUGCUGGUGCUA